AGAACGGUGAGAACCGCCGGACGCGACCGGACCGCGACGAGCCCGGCGAUCCGUCGUCGAUCGACGCGUCCUCGGUGGAGUGCGGGCCGAGCUCGAGGGUUUCGAGGGGGGCAGCCGAGGAGAUUGGGAUGGCGGAGAGGCUGACGGACGUCUUCGUCGGGGGAGGCGACGGAGAUCUGUUGAUGCAGCGGAACGAUUGGGAGGAUAGGGUUCUGCAGGCGCUCGAUAUGCAAGUGGUUGGGGCCUGCCGCGCGGAUGAGAGAUUGAAGCCGUUGUUGAAGUCGAGUGGGUCGAGCAGCGCGGCUAAGGAUCGGUUGUUGGCUCACCUCAGUCAGGUGGCUUAUCAAGAUAUUCUAAAAAUUCUGGACCGUGCAAAGAUCUGCAGUUCUGCUCAAAAUUUCAUUGAUAUAUACUUGCGGCUUCUUGGAAUUCCUGCCAAUGGACAGUUGCAAGAGAGUGACUGCAUAAGAGUUAGGAUAUGUGAGGGCAGAUUCGCCGUACUGAUACGGGAGCCUAUAAGGGAAGGCAAUUUCAUUAUUCAACCCAAAGUAGAUUUUGAUAUCAGCGUCAGUACAGUUGCUGGUCUCUUGAACCUUGGGUAUCAAGCUGUGGCAUAUAUCGAAGCUUCGGCCUUCAUAUAUCAAGAUGGGAAGGUUAUAAUAGAUGACAACCUUUUAUUUUCCUUUCCUUGCUGGGUACAAUAGUUGACAGCUUAUUAGUAGGCAAAACUUCUUGCAUCUUUUAUAUGUGCUCAAUUUGAUAUGUUCACUAAGUGGCAUUCGAUCUAUGUGUAACUGGGGCCCUUUCAUUUUGCUGACUUUUGGAGCUUGCUUAUUUAGUCCUGUUUUCUCA